GCGUCUGCGGAUAAGGUUGAGCUUUGAUGUGUUAGCUUCAGUCUCUGCGCAACGCCAUGGCUGGGCUAACCAGUGGCAUUCCCUUCAAACCCUUCAUUUUUCGAACCAAGACGACGUCGUCUCCUCUGUAUUUCUCCUUGGACUCACAGCUCUUCGGUGUCCGCCUCUGUAGCCCUACCUUCUCCAAAUGCCGCUCUUUCUCCUCCUCUCUCCAUCGCUCCGUCACCGCUCGAUAUGGUGGCUACCGCUCCUCCGGAGAUGCGUGGCGAUCGAGGCAGAGAGAUUCCGAUGAUGAUCAAGCUUUGGAUGUCUCCUCCAUCAGGUCGGCUUCCGUAAGGCUUAUUGACGAGCAGCAGAAUAUGGUGGGAGUGGUGUCUAAAAGCCAGGCAAUUCAAAUGGCUGAAGACGCUGAACUUGAUCUGGUAGUAUUAUCUCCGGAUGCAGAUCCUCCUGUUCUCAGAAUAAUGGAUUACAAUAAGUAUAGAUAUGAACUGCAAAAGAAGAAAAGAGGACAGCAGAAGAAAAGUGCUGCCAAUCGCAUGGAUUUAAAGGAGCUCAAAAUGGGUUAUAACAUUGAUUCACAUGAUUAUUCUGUGCGUUUGAAAGCUGCAAGAAAGUUUCUGCAAGAUGGUGACAAGGUCAAGAUUAUAGUGAACUUGAAGGGCCGUGAAAAUGAGUUCAGGAAUAUUGCUAUUGAGCUUAUCAGACGUUUUCAGAAUGAUGUUGGAGAGCUUGCGACUGAGGAGAGCAAAAACUUCAGUGUCAGGAACAUUUUUAUAGUUUUGGUUCCAAACAAAGCCCUUCUUCAGAAAGGUCAAGACUCAUCCAAGAAAACGGAAAAGUCAGCAGCAACUGAAAUCUCAGCUGGUGUGUGAGAUGCGCCCAAAAGUUCUACGUGAGCUGGCAAUAGAGUGUCCGCCAGUAAUCUUCAGUUAUAUUCUUCAACCAGAAUGCGGACCUUGCAAAGUCUGUAAAGCAUUACAAGGCAUGUAUGAGAAUACAAUCAUUUUUAUUUGAUAGAACUGGAGCAGCAGCCUCUGUAGUUCAGAUACUCGUAAAAUUUGAUAGGCAUACCUACUCAAAGAAAUCAAAUUUCCCCUAGUUCAAAACAACUAAGAUGUAGAGAAGUGAGAGUUUGUAUGGAUCUAUGGUUAGAUUUCAUGGAUGCAGUAAUUUUGACAAUAUUAGUUGUGUUUAUAUCCAUCCAAUUUUGCAUGAUA